GUAGGGAAACAUUUAUGAAAUGGAAUGCAGUUCUUUGGUGAUCAUCCCGUCCGUACUGAGAGAUAUGUUCCUAGGAGACGGGUUCGAUUCUUCAGAAUCCAUAGAAUCCGACAACGGACCUAAGACAGCUAUAUGUGUUAGGCAAAAUGUGAAAACAAAAGGAGGAGAGUUGUGUUGAAAAUGUUCAGAUUAGUCUUCCUGGUUACGUUUACUCUAGCGAAAGACAAAUAACUAGAGCAAAUAAUCCAGUAGCUGUCCAACCGAAAACAUUUUUUUGUUAACUUAGAUGAAAACUAGGCUAAGUUUAUUGGUGGCCUGCAAUUUACAACUAUAUAUUGCUAACGUGCGAACAUCAACGAACAAAAAACCAUAAAUUUGGCUAAAAUGGUAUGUUUGCUAACCCACCUAACACAAUUAUAUGAGUUAGGAAAUGUAACAACAAAAAGAGCAGGAUACAGUUUAAACGCAUCCGCCGUAGUGGUACCUGUAGUUGAGUAGACAGCAAUGCAAGUAAGGACAUACUUGAUAUGUUCUGCCCUUGAUAAAUAUAAGCGAAACAAAUUAUUAACAGAUUAUUAACCAGGAAACAGAAGAUUUCAAGAAUGCAGGGACCAGUGCUGCAAAUUCAGAACUUUUGCUUGGGAUAAAUUGUCACAAUCGAGAAGUUAAAGGGCUGAAUUGAGGACGUGUCUGCAAUUUACAAAGUCGUGGGCCAAUAUGAAAAUAACCAGAAGCCCAAAGAUCUGUUUUGCAAUAAUCUGGGAAAUCACCAUUGGAAGAGAUCCGUGCUUGGCUUAAACGUGGACAACGGUGAGUCUGUUACAGUGCGACAGCAAUUGGAGCUCGGGAUUGGUCUUGCCAUAACUGAUUCGCAAAGGAGGAUAGCUCGACAAUUGGAGAUAGCUUCGACGGUGAACAGAGCCAGUAGCGGCAGAGAACGUUGUAAUGUCACGGAGGAGACGAGAACUCUGCGGUGGCUUGGAACGAAAUCGCUUCAACAUUCUCAUAAUGUUGUGCCUCAGUAUAAUGAUGUGCUGUGCCUCAGUAUAUUUUUUUGAUAACUGAAAAAAUUCCACUUGCCGGCACAUGAGAUUACGUGUAGGAUUGGGUUAUCAAAAAUAAAUAAAUAAAGUAAAUUACAAGAACAAAAGGUAACCGGUUGAUGUGGGUAUGAAGUGAGCAAGGUUAAAAAUGUAAAACUAACACCUUCUGACAUUCUCGAUAAUGUAAAUAGUGCAUUAGCCUAAUAAUCGUAUAAGUCUUGUGUGUAUGAUGCAAUUUCUCUUAAUUAAUCAGGGGUUUAUGAAUUUUUGAAAAUCCACUGAUAUUAUAACUAUAUAAAGUAAUGAAAUUUUUAAAUUGAUGAUCUGAUUAUCUUUGGCUUAGGCCAUUUAUAUUUGGGUCAAAAUUGCAUAAUUAACAAUUGAUAUAAUAAUUUUCUAUAAUAUUACGUUUUGAAAACUUAUCAACUGAUGUAUAAUCAUUUUAAUAAAUGUAGUAUGUGGUAUAUUCUCUUCAUUAUUGAUUUCACCAACAUGUGAAAGAAAAAUUUGAAUUUGAAUGACAUUGAUAUUGCUGGAUAAUUGCUGGGUAAAUGACAUUGAUAUUUGAAUUUUUGAUUUCUGUAAUCGUCAUUAUUAUCCAAUAUUGAAAAUUUUUAACUGGGUUCUAUCGACACUGUUGUAAAUGGAUUUGAUAUGCAUAAAAUAGAUUUGUUUGGUUGAUUUUAGUUUCUGAAAAGGAAAAUCCCACAAAAAACCUUCAAAGUGUCAAGUACUUCCACUUUAAACCUCCAAAUACUAUGUUUCCAUAAUAAACCUUAAAAUUGACAACAUUCUUAACAAAAACCGUAAAAGUGGCAUACAUGUUUUGUUUUAUAUAAGGAUAGACAGAAUUAUAAACUCUGUUAACGCCGUGACUAACUCCGUUUCCUUUUGAUAAAACAUGUGCCUUAUGUUGUGUUGAAGAUUCAUCUCCUCUUACCUCUCUGUAAUUAAAAGGAAUUCCAUAAUCCGUUUCACUGCAACGAUACUUCUCUUUUCUCCUUUCGGAGGAAUUGCAAGAAAUACAAGGACCUGAAGGAGAGCAUUCGAAGGUGACGUUGCUUCCCUUCGAAGUUUCUUUGAAACCUAUAAGGAACCUAAGCCCAACGCUUCUCGUCUCUUCGUUUCUGUUGUUCUGUUCAUGUGCUCUGGAAAGAAACGAUGAUGAAAUUGCAACACUGUAGGCGAAGAGGAUGAUCAUAUACAAUGGAGACCUCAGACAAGCCAUCAGCUUCGCCGUCGUCCUAUGGUUUUCUCUUUAUAAUAUUUUAUUAUUUUCAAUAAAAAUCUAAGUAAUUACAAUAAGGCACAUUUUUUAUCAAAGGAGACGAAGUCAGUUACGACGUUAACAGAGUUUAUAGUUCUGUCCAUCCUAAUAUAAAACAAAACACGUAAGCCACUAUUACAGUUUUUGUUAAGAAUGUUGACAAUUUAAAGGUUUAUUAUGGAAACAUUGUAUUUGGAGGUUUAAAGUGGAAGUACUUGACAUUUGAAGGUUUUUUGUGGGAUUUUUCCGUUUCCAGAAGGUGAAAUUUUGAAAAUAUUCAUAGAUUAAUAUAGAGUGAUUUACGUAUAUAGACACCUUCUAGAUUUUUAUUACACAAUGGGACAUUUCCACUACUAAGUUUGUGGGGGUAAAUUGACAUAGCCUAUCCCUAUCCACAUUCACAUUCUUUCAGCAUGUCGAAGAAAUUUGAUUGGUUUUUAAAUAUUUAAAGACACAAUAUCUUUUAUGUUCUUUUAUUUAUAGCCAUACAUUUUUUUAUAAUUAAAAUUUUUUUUCCUAUUUGUUUCUUUCAUCAUGUUCUUCUCUACGUCUCUAUGUCGAUGAAGUGUAGUCUAGGAUCAAAUUUCAAUCUGAAACAAAGAAACAAAAAAUCUAAGCUUGCGUACAUCUCUCUCAUGUUCGGAUGGCGGAUUUUCUAAACCAAAGUCGGUACCGGUUCAUAAUCUUUGGGCUCUAUCUUAUUCUUCUCCAUCUAUACCUUCAUCCUCCACAAGAACUACCACGAGAAGAAUAUUAUAAGCCGACCUGGAACCAUAGCUAAAGAUAAGGGAAACGAGACAAUGGCAAAGAAACUUGAUGUAUCUCCGCUUCCGGCACAAUCUCUGUCUCCGCCGCAGCUGAAGCUAGACGAUGUAAAUUUGGAGAGAUUGUAACUAAGUCGACGGCCGCUCUUUCCGAGGUAAGAUUAUGUUUAAUAUCUUUGCUUUCUCCAGCUUAAUACUUGAUUUCAAUCAUAAAGUUGAUCACAAUCAUAAAGUUUGUUUCAGUAAACAAGAAUGAUAACUUGCAAUGACGUGGUUUUGGUGUACACAUAUUUGCAUGUUUGACCAUUAUGGAUAGCAAAAUUAGUAUCCACAUGUACACAUAUUUUUCGUACAUUCUUUUGACAAUAUCCACAUGUACAGCUAUAUAUACAUGUACACCUUCCGUUUAAAGGAAAAACAGAUUUAGAUAAGUUACAUCUCACAUAAGUUUAACAUAGAAUAAAGAACUAAUUUAGGAAUGUGAGAAAAAAGCAAACAAUUCAUAUAUUUAUAACUCAAAGUUUUUUUAUACAUAUAGACAUAUCUAAUUGUGGUGGAUAUAACAACAUCGCGUAUGUUUUGUUUGCAUGUGCAAGAUUACGUUUUUUUGGCUAUGUUUCAAAACAAAACAAAACAAAACACACAAAAUUACCUAUCAUAUAGUGAAAUUACAGAAUAAACUCGUUACAAAGUCAUGUGAAAGAGAAAAUAUAACUAACAAUACCCAGAUAUGUGUCUUGCAUUUCUCCCAAACGUGGAUAAAGUUCACAAAAUUGAAAUGAAGUCUCGCACCAAUGUAACUGAAACAACUAAGGCUAGUGAUUGGGAGCUAAACCGGAUACCAAUGCUAAACCGGUUACGAAAUUAGAAGGAUUGAAAACCCCUAACAUACAAUCACCAUUCUUCAAACCUAUAAGCUGUGUUGUCAACAAACAAGAGCCCAGAAUCCAGUUGAAUCUCUGAUACCACGAGCUUGAACUCCUAGUCUUAAAACGAGAGAUAUUCAUUCGUCAAAGAAGAAUCAUUGUGUCUGAUUCAGAGCGAGUUUGGAAUAAGUGGAAUGCUAAACGACAUUUAUUUGACAAAUCAUUCCCCAUCUAAAAAAGUUUGGAAUAAGUGGAAUGCUAGUUCUAUUCCAUAAAAUUCCAGAAAUAAUUUUUCCUAUUGUUCCGUAUAUUCAUUUUCCAAGUUACCAGUUACAGUCCCAGUAUCUUCUAGACCAUGUCUCAGAUAUGUUUAUGUUGUUCCUGAAAAAACAUAUUUCUAGCUGAUUCUUUGCUGUUUAGGGUGGUCGACUAUCGUACAUAUGGAAGCCACUGGCUUCAAGCCAGAGAUCAGUCCAGACAUUUUUGACAGUUUCACAUUUUCGUUGUAGUUACGAAAUUAUGCAGAAUUUUUAUUUAUAUAUUUUUAGAACUAAAAACAGCAGAUUGCUGCUUUCUCUUAGAGAUCUUAUUGUACUUAUGAUGAUGAGUCUCAGUUUCUAUGGUUUGACAAACCUUUCUUAAGCAUAUAUGGUUGUUUUGAUUUGGCAAGUUAAAAAAAAUAAAACAACACAAAGAAAUAAAAUUUAAUCUACCACUAGACUUGAUUACAAAGCAUCAAACUACCUGAUUCAUUAUCAAUACCUCUCAAAAUCGAACCCCUCUAUCAAUACCAGUAUUUACUAAUAACUUUGUUCAUACUAAGUUUGAUAUCAGACAAGAACAUGUCUCUGAGGUAUUUCGUCUUAGUAGGAGGAAUAAAUACUCUGAGGCAAUCAGCAUUCACCCCCACAAGACACAAUCCAGGGAAGAUAACCUACAUAGCAUACAGUCUAGCUCAGUGAGAGGCUAAGAACAUAACUUUCUUAUUGAAGUUUGUGUGAUGCAAUUCGUCGAACACCUGGUAACUUAAACCGAUAUGUUAUGUUUCUGCAAGGUCUUCAUUUUCUUUCGAGAUGGCCUGUACCUCGGCCUCGCAAUUCCUCUCGGCUCCACCGCUCCACCGCUCCACCACACCGUUUCCCUUCUUCGAACCGCCACAAGCCUUCUUCGGCCGCAGAUUCCAAGUCCUCUUUUCCUCUCUCCGCGGCGGCGGUUCUCUUCGGUAUCAUCGGGUUUCAGUGAUUGUGCUUGGAUGACGGCGCGAAUUUAUUAAAUUUUUUGUAACUUAAUAAUUGAAUUUUUACUUAGUAACACUAGUUUUGUUUUGAAAAGUGUACGUAUUUCAAAUUAAGUAACACGAUCAGGAUAACAAACAGUCUUAAUUAACACAUAAGGUCUGAAGAGAGAGAGAGAGGGGGAUAUAGUUUAAAACCUUAUUUGAACCUCAGAGAAACAGAAAAAGUCUAAGAGCAGCAUUAAUCCAGAUGCUUAUUGGGUUGCUUAAUGAUUUUUAGAUUUAAAAAAAAAAAAAAUGAUGAAAUUAGAGAGGCAGCGGUGUUUAAUUAAGCGCAUGAAGAAGCGCGUCUUAUUGGACACGCGUCGUGAAACACAAGUCUCAUGUUUCUCUCUCGACGACUCCGCCGCAUCGUCUUCUCUCAACCCUUCUCUCCUCUUGAUGAUCUCUCCUCGUCUCUCUGUCUCUAUCCUCGACGAAAGCGAGGUUCAUCUCUCCUCGUCUCUCCGUCUCCAUCCUUGACGACUCCGCCGCAUCGUCUUCUCUCAACCCAUCUCUCCUCUUGAUGAUCUCUCCUCGUCUCUCUGUCUCUAUCCUCGACGAAAGCGAGGUUGAUCUCUCCUCGUCUCUCUGUCUCUCUCCUCGACGACUCCGCCGCAUCGUCUUCUCUCAACCGAUCUCCCCUCUUGAUGAUCUGUCCUCGUCUAUCCGUCUCCAUCCUCGACGACUCCGCCGCAUCGUUUUCUCUCAACCCAUCUCUCCUCUUGAUGAUCUCUCCUCGUCUCUCUAUCUCUAUCCUCGAUGAAAGCGAGGUUGAUCUUUCCUCGUCUCUCUGUCUCUCUCCUCGACGACUCCGCCGCAUCGUCUUCUCUCAACCGAUCUCCCCUCUUGAUGAUCUGUCCUCGUCUCUCCGUCUCCAUCCUCGACGAAAUCGAGGAUGAUAUGUCCUCGUCUCUCUGUCUGUCUCCUCGACGAUCGACGACUCCACGAUGAAUCUCUCGGCGUCUCGUGGAACAAGCCAUCCCUCUCUCGAUGGCUCACCGAGACGAAGAAUCACUUCACACCUCUCUCAGGGCCCGAGCUCUCCUCUACGAAAUCAAAAGCAAGGUAAAGCUUCAACACGAUUUGAUCACUCGCAUGCAUUGAACGUUUGAUAAAAAGCUGUGGUUAUAUGCGUAGGUCGUUUAUAAUUGAAUUGAGUUGUUAAAAAAUUGAAUCGAGAUAGUAUGAACUGAUUGUUUAUGAUCAUUUGGAAUUGAAUCCAGAUAGUAUUAACUGAGCGUUUUUGAUAUUGAGUGUCGUUCUUGUCUGAGUUGAAUAGAUUGUUUAUGAUCAUGUGAUUUGUGUCUCUGUUUUAUGUAGAACAAAUGAUCCGUAACUGAACUGAAUUGAGGGUCAUCAAUGGUUCUAGUCUGAAUUGAUAUAGAGUCAUGAAUUUAGGGUCAUGAAUUUAUUUCCUUGAUACUAAUUUAUGUUUUCUUUCUGUGUGUAUAUCCGUUGAGUUGCAUGGAUCAAGGUUGCUGAGGGAGAAUCGCCAAAGCUGAGGAUUGCAUUUACUCGACGAACAGAUAUCCCUACAAAUAUCACCAAUAUGAUGGGUGUUCGAAUUAGAAUUCGUGAUCGACAAAUGCAUGAACAACUGAAAAGUGAUUUGGUUGAACACGUAUGGCGUAAAUUUGGAGGUGAUGAAAACAACCACUGAGCUCACAUGUUUUUUUCAAAUUAAUCUCGUUUAUUGUUCUAAUCUUUAUUUUGAUGUUUUUUUAAAAUCUUUGUUUAAAAUGUUAUCUUUUAAUAUGUUUUAUGUAAUAAAUAAAUUUUAUCUAAAAAAAAUAACAAUGUUUAAUAUUUUAUUUUCUUAAGCACUCCAUAAUAAGCACUUUGCAUUGGAUGAUCAAAAUAUACAACAUUCUUAAUGAAAUGCUUAAAUCCUACUUAAUAAUAAAAAAAAAUGAUUAAGCACCCCUAUGGUUAAUGCUGCUCUAAGAGUCGGUGGUGCCGGACUCCGCCUCGUCCAUGUUAUCGUCAGCUCCCAGCUGCUGCUGUGGCACCGGCUGAUUGAGGAUAAAAUGAGCAGUCACAGAGCAGUUGUGCAUAAGAUCAAUCACACGGUCAAGCUGUUCAAGAGUGAGCGCUCCCUGCACAAAGUUGAUUAAAGCUUCCACAUGCAUAGUGACGUCGUCCACUCUCUCUAAAGCUAGUUGUCUCAGAGCAUUUAGAUCACCCAUGAUAUCUACACACAAAAAUAGUAUAACAUGAUUUUGAUUUAUACCCAAAAUCAGGAGAAACAAGAAGAAAUCAAACAAACUUAUGCUACCAACAUCAAAUCAGUGAUUCUCCAAAGGUUUCAUUUUCCCAGUCUUACAAAAAAUAAUCAGAGAUCUAGCAGACAAUAACCCGAAAUUAGAGACCGAUCCAGCAGUUAAGAAUCAUACCUUGCGUGAAUCGUGCCGGAUUCUUCGGAAAGAAAAAAUCGGAUCGUCUUAAAAGGGGAGAGUGAUACUCUUAACUGAUAAGCACCUAGAUGGGCCACGGUUAUACUUAAUGGGUCAUUAAUUUUAUUAUUGUUUAAGCCCAUUAGUUUCUUUAUAUUACUCUGAACUCUCUACUGUAAUGUUUAUCGAAUUACGAUCAUCAAAUCAAAACGGGUUCAAUCCCUAAUUUCUUCCUCUCUAUCUUCUCUUCUACCAUUCCUCUUCCUCAAUCUUCUCCCCUUUCUGUUCUACACAGAUAAGCUCAACCCCUGGGCUUAUCAUUGGUAUCAGAGCUCAAGUUCCUCUCGACCUUGAGAGUCUUAAUUUAAAAAAAAAUGCCUUUCAGUGAUGACUUCAAGAAGUUACUGCAAUCAUAGAAACAGAUGGAUGUUGAUAGAAAGCUUCGUGAGGAGCUUCGAAUGGACAGUCAGAGACUGCAUGAGGAGUUCCGUGAGGAGUAUCGGAAGCGGCGGAAGCGGCCGUAUGGUGAAUCUCAUCCUUAUAACGCUUUCAUCCCUAAAAGGUUUGAAGAUCUCAAGCUAAACGGAGGUACCAGGUUCAAAAGAAUUCCGAUCAAGCAAAACUACCACAGAUCUCGGUUUAAGGACCUGAACAGUAAGCCACCAAGAAGAGCUCUUGAUUUUAAGGGUUCGUUAGACCUUACGGGGCUUGCGACAUCUCAGAGGAGAUGUGUGAGAAUGAAGACUAUUGGAAUGAAGAAACAAUACAACCGAGAGAAGAAAGCAAUACUGCUUGCGCAAGCUUGUAAAAGUUUAGGAGUGUUCUGUGAAUCUUCGGGUUGUAAAGACACUAAAAAUGAUUUGCAGAUCCGCGUGGGAACAAGACAGAUCGUCGAUACAGGAGUGAAGCGAGAUGAGCAUCACUUUGGGGAUGGGUUUACGUCUUAUGCUCCUAUGGAUAUAGAGUGUCAAGUUGAUACGUUGAUAGGGGAUCAAAGUAUCUUCGCUGAGGAGGUUAAGGUGCGAGAUGCUGCUGAUCCUGAUGCUGCGAUGGAGUCUUCACAGGAUGUAACAUCAAUGGAGUCUGUCUCGGAGGAGACGAGCAAGCAUAAGAAUCGGGUUGAACUCUCUCAGGUUCAUCAAAAGUGGGGCAAACGAGGGUUUCAUAAGGUUCGGUUCAAGUUUAUACUUCACCAAAGAAGUAAAGUUGCAGCUGAGAAGGUUACAAAAGGCGGAGAACUUUUCAAGCUGGAGAAUUCAAAAUCACUUAACAAAGGAAGAUCAAGAAAUCUUACUGUCAGAUGGUACUAUUAUAAGGCCAGGAAGCGUAAACAUAAGUUCUAUGGUAUGGGUCGUGGCUCAAACUCUUUUGAUGGUUUAAUUAAUGGCAAAGACGAGGGAGCACACUUCAGUAAAAAGAAAUCAUUAGUUGAGACUGGUAAGAGAUGUGAGACUCGUUUCUUUGGGUUUGGAACUCCACAAGAAACAAAAACAAAAAGUACGAGAGAAAAUAAGAGGAGUGAUGAGCUCUCUCCGGAUCAACAGAAGAAAGGCCACGGUGUAUUUCACAAAGUUCGGUUCAAAGGUAGACGUCACAUAAGAAAUGCUAUUUACACAGGACGGGUGGUGCUCCAGAACAAGCUAUCAGUAAAUUGGUCUUAUCACAAGACUAGAAAGAAGGAGUUGAUGGUUAUGAAUAUUCUCGUUAAGGCACUGAGACAGAUAGACCCGAAAGAAUCAGAUGGCAGGAUAUCUUUGAAGCUUCCAGAACCCUUUUGGAGUCUCUUUGGUGAUAGCUUUAAGGAGAUGAAGGUUUUACUAGGGGUAACAGGCUUGGAGGAAAAUCAGGAAGAAGGGCUGCGACGUUGGAACAAGGGUCUGAAGAUAAUAAAGUUGUGCACGAGACAUGGGUUUAAGAGUUUCAGAUUUUUAUGAAGCGUGAAGAUGCGGAAAUGGCGGUUAUUGAAGACUUCACGUAGGAAUCAACUUUCUGAAUUCUCUUCGGCAAAUCAAGCAUGGGAACCUGGUGGUACUGUUUCACUAAACACUUCCGUCUGGCUUGAGAUUUAUCACCGUCAUGGUGGGAAGUGGAAGUCUAAACUUGUGAGACUUUAUGCCGAGGCAAAGGGCUUAAGACACAGCAGACUGGAGAGAGCUUACUGUGUGGGUAAAAUUCAGGAGGCGUCAAGGGUUACGAAACGUUUAAGGACUGAGAGAGGGAAGGCGAUCCUUAUUGCAGCAGUGGAGAAUUGUUUAAGUUAUUGUGAAGGUGCUGGUAGCCAAAAUCCUAACGUCGAUGACAACCGUGUGUGGAAUCCUGGAGCUGUAGAGGUUGAAGGAGACAAGAGCUGUAGCAGUGUUAUAGCUGAGAAGUUGUGGAAUGCGGAGUAUAUGAGACUUUCUGUUAUGGACGUUCAGACAAAUUCUGAAAACGAGGUCAAGUGGGUGGUUGUUCUAAGUGUUACAAGAUCGCUAGAGGGUCAGAAAAGCUUUUCAAGUUAUGAAGGUGUGAUCACGGUACUAGCUUUUGGUAUUUGAAGCCUCGAGGACAAGGCUGUUAUUCUACCGGGGAGUACACUAAAGCUAUGAUGAGAAGACUGCGAAAUUGUUUCUUAGUGCAGAGAAGAGGAUAAUUGAAGAAGCUGCUGAUUGUCAUGAAGUGAAUUCACAAGACUUGGAGAAUGUACUUAUUACGUUCAUACUAGCUUCACAUUAUCCUAGUGGCGUAGAUCAGAACUUGAUGAGAGAUUCAACUCAGGACUCGCAGGCAGUCUUAACUCAAUACCAUUGGUCUUGGUACUGGAUAUUGGUGGUGCAUAAUGUUCUUCUAUGUCUCCAUGUUAGCGCUUUGUGUUACUGUAUGUUUCACUUGCCGAGAUCACCAGAGUUUUCUCUCUUCGAGAAGGUGACUGGGCAAGAGCUUGAAGAAGACAACAAAACUCAGGAUCCAGUUACUCGUCCGCCUGUUUCAGAUGCACAUGAUAUUGACAGCAACAUUCAGUGGCACACAACAUGUGGCGAUGUGAGUCAAGUUCCAAAGUUAAAUUCUCAAGGUAGUUUAAGCAAGGAGGGUCGUGUAAGCUAUGUGUACUCGAACAGUGGGAUGAGUGAUGCUCUCUUGAACCACAAAGCGGUCACGCCGACCAGUGAAAAGCUUCAAGGCAGGGAAGAGAUGAUGGAGUUCUAUUCCUAUGACUGGUUUCAAUCACCAAGGCUACCAGAACUGAGUAAGACCAGAAAUUUGGUUUCUCUACUAUAUACCAGUGCAUUAGUGAGAGGAUUGAUUGAGGAUCGCAGCAAUGGUGCACUGGUGAUUACGGCUUCUAAAGUUCGACAACUCGAGGACAAGCUGGCUUCUGUUUUUCAUCAACUUGAGGACAAGUUGGUUCUCCACCGGGAGAGUAUUGAUAAGCACCUAGAUGGGCCAUAGUUAUACUUAAUGGGUCAUUAAUUUUAUUAUUGUUUAAGCCCAUUAGUUUCUUUAUAUUACUCUGAACUCUCUAUUGUAAUGUUUAUCGGAUUACGAUCAUCAAAUCAAAACGGGUUCAAUCCCUAAUUUCUUCCUCUCUAUCUUCUCUUCUACCUUUGCUCUUCCUCAAUCUUCUCCCCUUUCUGUUCUACACAGAUAAGCUCAACCCCUGGGCUUAUCAUUGGUAUCAGAGCUCAAGUUCCUCUCGACCUUGAGAGUCUUAAUUAAAAAAAAAAAUGCCUUUCAGUGAUGACUUCGAGAAGUUACUGCAAUCAUUGAAACAGAUGGAUGUUGAUAGAAAGCUUCGUGAGGAGCUUCGAAUGGACAGUCAGAGACUGCAUGAGGAGUUCCAUGAGGAGUAUCGGAAGCGGCGGAAGCGGCCGUAUGGUGAAUCUCAUCCUUAUAACGCUUUCAUCCCUAAAAGGUUUGAAGAUCUCAAGCUAAACGGAGGUACCAGGUUCAAAUGAAUUUCGAUCAAGCAAAACUACCACAGAUCUCGGUGUAAGGACCUGAACAGUAAGCCACCAAGAAGAGCUCUUGAUUUUAAGGGUUCGUUUGACCUUACGGGGCUUGCGACAUCUCAGAGGAGAUGUGUGAGAAUGAAGACUAUUGGAAUGAAGAAACAAUACAACCAAGAGAAGAAAGCAAUACUGCUUGCGCAAGCUUGUAAAAGUUUAGGAGUGUUCUGUGAAUCUUCGGGUUGUAAAGACACUAAAAAUGAUUUGCAGAUCCGCGUGGGAACAAGACAGAUCGUCGAUACAGGAGUGAAGCGAGAUGAGCAUCACUUUGGGGAUGGGUUUACGUCUUAUGCUCCUAUGGAUAUAGAGUGUCCAGUUGAUACGUUGAUAGGGGAUCAAAGUAUCUUCGCUGAGGAGGUUAAGGUGCGAGAUGCUGCUGAUCCUGAUGCUGCGAUGGAGUCUUCACAGGAUGUAACAUCAAUGGAGUCUGUCUCGGAGGAGACGAGCAAGCAUAAGAAUCGGAAGGAACUCUCUCAGGUUCAUCAAAAGUGGGGCAAACGAGGGUUUCAUAAGGUUCGGUUCAAGUUUAUACUUCACCAAAGAAGUAAAGUUGCAGCUGAGAAGGUUACAAAAGGCGGAGAACUUUUCAAGCUGGAGAAUUCAAAAUCACUUAACAAAGGAAGAUCAAGAAAUCUUACUGUCAGAUGGUACUAUUAUAAGGCCAGGAAGCGUAAACAUAAGUUCUAUGGUAUGGGUCGUGGCUCAAACUUUUUUGAUGGUUUAAUUAAUGGCAAAGACGAGGGAGCACACUUCAGUAAAAAGAAAUCAUUAGUUGAGACUGGUAAGAGAUGUGAGACUCGUUUCUUUGGGUUUGGAACUCCACAAGAAACAAAAACAAAAAGUACGAGAGAAAAUAAGAGGAGUGAUGAGCUCUCUCCGGAUCAACAGAAGAAAGGCCACAGUGGAUUUCACAAAGUUCGGUUCAAAGGUAGACGUCACAUAAGAAAUGUUAUUUACACAGGACGGGUGGUGCUCCAGAACAAGCUAUCAGUAAAUUGGUCUUAUCACAAGACUAGAAAGAAGGAGUUGAUGGUUAUGAAUAUUCUCGUUAAGGCACUAAGACAGAUAGACCCGAAAGAAUCAGAUGGCAGGAUAUCUUUGAAGCUUCCAGAACCCUUUUGGAGUCUCUUUGGUGAUAGCUUUAAGGAGAUGAAGGUUUUACUAGGGGUAACAUGCUCGGAGGAAAAUCAGGAAGAAGGGCUGCGACGUUGGAACAAGGGUCUGAAGAUAAUAAAGUUGUGCACGAGACAUGGGUUUAAGAGUUUCAGAUUUUUAAGAAGCGUGAAGAUGCGGAUAUGGCGGUUAUUGAAGACUUCACGUAGGAAUCAACUUUCUGAAUUCUCUUAGGCAAAUCAAGCAUGGGAACCUGGUGGUACUGUUUCGCUAAACAAUUCCGUCUGGCUUGAGAUUUAUCACCGUCAUGGUGGGGAGUGGAAGUCUAAACUUGUGAGACAUUAUGCCGAGGCGAAGGGCUUAAGACGCAGUAGACUGGAGAGAGCUUACUGUGUUGGUAAAAUUCAGGAGGCGUCAAGGGUUACGAAACGUUUAAGGACUGAGAGAGGGAAAGCGAUCCUUAUUGCAGCAGUGGAGAAUUGUUUAAGUUAUUGUGAAGGUGCUGGUAGCCAAAAUCCUAACGUCGAUGACAACCGUGUGUGGAAUCCUGGAGCUAUAGAGGUUGAAGGAGACAAGAUCUGUAGCAGUGUUAUAGCUGAGAAGUUGUGGAAUGCGGAGUAUAGGAGACUUUCUGUUAUGGACGUUCAGACAAAUUCUGAAAACGAGGUCAAGUGGGUGGUUGUUCUAAGUGUUACAAGAUCGCUAGAGGGUCAGAAAAGAUUUUCAAGUUAUGAAGGUGUGAUCACGGUACCAGCUUUUGGUAUUUGGAGCCUCGAGGACAAGGCUGUUAUUCUACCGGGGAGUACACUAAAGCUCUAUGAUGAGAAGACUGGGAAAUUGUUUCUUAGUGCAGAGAAGAGGAUAAUUGAAGAAGCUGCUGAUUGUCAUGAAGUGAAUUCACAAGACUUGGAGAAUGUACUUAUUACGUUCAUACCAGCUUCACAUUAUCCUAGUGGUGUAGUUCAGAACUUGAUGAGAGAUUCAACUCAGGACUCGCAGGCAGUCUUAACUCAAUACCAUUGGUCUUGGUACUGGAUAUUGGUGGUGCAUAAUGUUCUUCUAUGUCUCCAUGUUAGUGCUUUGUGUUACCAUAUGUUUCACUUGCCGAGAUCACCAGAGUUUUCUCUCUUCGAGAAGGUGACUGGGCAAGAGCUUGAAGAAGACAACAAAACUCAGGAUCCAGUUACUCUUCCGCCUGUUUCAGAUGCAAAUGAUAUUGACAGCAACAUUCAGUGGCACACAACAUGUGGCGAUGUGAGUCAAGUUCCAAAGUUAAAUUCUCAAGGUAGUUUAAGCAAGGAGGGUCGUGUAAGCUAUUUGUACUCGAACAGUGGGAUGAGUGAUGCUCUCUUGAAUCACAAAGCGGUCACGCCGACCAGUGAAAAGCUUCAAGGCAGGGAAGAGAUGAUGGAGUUCUAUUCCUAUGACUGGUUUCAAUCACCAAGGCCACCAGAACUGAGUAAGACCAGAAAUUUGGUUUCUCUACUAUAUACCAGUGCAUUAGUGAGAGGAUUGAUUGAGGAUCACAGCAAUGGUGCACUGGUGAUUACGGCUUCUAAAGUUCGACAACUCGAGGACAAGCUGGCUUCUGUUUUUCAUCAAGUUGAGGACAAGUUGGUUCUCCACCGGGGGAGUAUUGAUAAGCACCUAGAUGGGCCACGGUUAUACUUAAUGGGUCAUUAAUUUUAUUAUUGUUUAAGCCCAUUAGUUUCUUUAUAUUACUCUGAACUCUCUGUAAUGUUUAUCAAAUUACGAUCAUCAAAUCAAAACGGGUUCGAUCCCUAAUUUCUUCCUCUCUAUCUUCUCUUCUACCUUUGCUCUUCCUCAAUCUUCUCUCCUUUCUGUUCUACACAGAUAAGCUCAACCCCUGGGCUACUCUUAACACAUUAGGAAACUUGUUUAUAUACAAACCCUACGAAGCGAAAAUGGCUGCCGUGUGGCACUUGUGGGCCGAGUUCUUACUAUGUUUCAUUAAAAAAUAAUUGAUCUGGGCCCAUGUGUCUCCUCCUCUGAUUGUUUACAAUAAAGAAAAUAGAAAAAGUCUUGAAAGUUCUAGGCAAAAAACCUGAACCAAUCUGAUCCCAAAAGUAGUACCAAAUCCGAACCAAAACUAACUAAAUAUCCAAACAGAUUCAAAAUUUUG